AUGCAGAUGCCUACCGCCAACGGAUUCAUCAAGGGUGUCGCAGGUGGUACCAGGUUCACCUCGACCUUUGUCAUCGAUGACAUCCAGUACCACUUCAGCGGCAGCUUCAACCCUGCCGUGCAGGAGUUUGUCUCCAACGAGGCGGUCUUGACCUACGACACCGUGGGACAGCUGGUCACUCAGAGGACCUUUGACGGAAAGAUUGGCACCGAGACGAUAUCCUUCUCCAUCAAGAACGGACCGAAGAUCCAGGGACCUCUCAACAUGCCCAUCCACCCGGCCUCGCAGGUGUCCGGAACCGGGACUUGGACCCAGAAUUGA